AUGGCACCGACGUCGCUGACUGCAACUGCAGCCGCGGAGAUCCUCGAGUACCUCCACGACCAGCCUUUGAUCAAGACGGGUCCGGCCGACCGGCACCAAGCACCACUCCGCUCGGACGUGGAGCGAACCGCUGAGCACCUCGCAGGAGAGCUGCUGCUGCAGCGCAGGCACUGGCGCGGGGCAGAAUUCAUCACAGAGAAGGACAGGGUCGUAAAGGAUUCUUUGAAGAUCGCGCAUGCUGUGGCACGCUCAGAACCCUUCUCCUUUGCGUGCUGCUUCCUGGAUGCUGCGGCCAUGGUACAUUUGGCGGUGCCUCCACACAGCUUUCCCGACUUCGACAUGAGACUCGGAGCCAUGACGUACGAUUGGCGGCAAGGGACCUGCGGCAGCAGCAGGCGGCAACCGGUGGAUCUCUGGCGCCCACAGCAGUUCGUGCUCGACAUCAGUUUUCUACCCCCGGCCUUGCUGCCCGAGAAUGACGAUUCUGAUGUGGACGUGGACGCGCCACUGCCACUGCCCUGCUCCUACGCGAGGCUGCGUGUGCGCGGCACCAUCCUGCCGCCCGCGUGCCGCUCCAUGGGUGCCGUGUGCAAGGGCUGGGACGCGGCCGUCUCUGCAGCUCGCAGCGCUAAGGGCCAGAACAGCGCUUGCGGCAAGGCGCGCCCGCGUGGCCAACGCAGCCUGUGCGAGUUCCUGCUAACGGCCAAACGCAGGCGGGUGGCCAACCCUCGUCGCCCACACUGCCUCGACUGCCGACCCACGGCGGCUGCCACUACAGACAUCGACACGGACACAGACUUCGACGAGCAAGAGAAGAACGGCGCGGGGCAGGGCGAGAUUUGCAGCAAA